AGCUGCUGGAAGUCACAGUGGAGCAGGGGCCCUGGCCGAGGUGUGAUCAGAGCAUCAUCAGAAGAGAGUUAUCAACAUGGGGAACUGUGGUGAAAUUUUGAGAAACAUUUUUUGCCGGGAGAAGAACACUAAUAUUCGUAUUAGUCUGCCGGCUGUCUGCUUCGUCUGGCAGAUUGCUAUGAUUGUACUGUUUGGAGUUUUCAUCCGGUACGAUGAGGAAUCAGAUGUACGAAAAUGGAUAGAGUUCAAAGUUAGUCACAACAUCACCAGCGAUAUUGAAAAUGACUUCUACUUCAGAUAUCCCAGCUUCCAGGACGUCCAUGUCAUGAUCUUUGUUGGAUUUGGUUUCCUCAUGACCUUCUUGAAACGCUACAGCUUUGGUGGUGUGGGCUUCAACUUCCUGAUCGCUUCCUUCGGUGUGCAGUGGGCUCUUCUCAUGCAAGGCUGGUUCCACGCCCUCGACCCCGAUACCGGAAAGAUCUCUAUUGGAGUAGAGAGUCUGAUCAACGCUGACUUCUGCGUUGCCAGCUCUCUGAUUGCCUAUGGUGCCCUCCUGGGAAAAGUAAGCCCUGUCCAGCUGAUGGUUGUCACCUUGUUUGGCGUUACCCUGUUUGCUGUGGAAGAAUACAUCAUCCUCAGCCUUCUUCAUUGCAGAGAUGCUGGUGGCUCAAUGGUCAUUCACGCUUUUGGAGGGUAUUAUGGUUUGGCCAUCUCUUGGGUUCUCUACCGACCAAACCUAAACCAAAGCAAGCGCCUCAGUGGAUCUACCUACCACUCUGAUGUGUUUGCUAUGAUUGGUACACUGUUUCUGUGGAUGUUCUGGCCCAGUUUCAACUCGGCCAUCACAGACCACGGCUCUGGACAGCACAGAGCAGCCAUCAACACUUAUAUCGCUCUCGCCUCCUCUGUGCUCACCACAGUGGCCAUUUCCAGCAUGUCUGACAAAAGAGGAAAACUGGACAUGGUGCACAUCCAGAAUGCUACUCUGGCAGGUGGUGUUGCCAUGGGAACAGCAGCAGAGUUCAUGAUCACUCCUUACGGUUCACUAAUCGUGGGUUUCUGCUGUGGCAUCAUCUCCACCUUUGGCUACCUGUUUGUCACGCCCAUGAUGGAGAAAUACCUAAAGCUCCAGGAUACUUGUGGCAUCCACAAUCUGCAUGCUGUGCCAGGGAUGCUCGGUGGCUUUAUAGGCGCUAUUGUUGCUGCAGCUGCCACUGAAGAGGUCUAUGGCAGGGAGGGGUUGAUCGAGACGUUUGACUUUGAAGGCGAUUUUGCAAGCAGAACUGUAUUAACCCAGGGCGGCUUCCAGGCUGCUGGCACAUGUGUGUCUAUUGCAUUUGGAGUUGUUGGAGGAGUGGUUGUUGGUCUCAUUCUGAGGUUGCCUAUCUGGGGGGACCCUUCUGAUGACAACUGCUAUGAUGAUGAAGCUUACUGGGAGGUUCCUGAGGAGGAGGAGAGCAUCCCUCCUGUUUUGGAGUACAACAACCACAUGACACGCAAGCACCCAGAUAUAUCCGAGUCAAACUUCUCUGUGGAGCAAAGUUAGAAACAUCAAGCCGCUCAUAUCACUUUGAACAUGCUACCGAUGUGAAAUGACAGGAGCCACAACAACAAAUGUGCAGUUUUACAACGAAAGGAACACACCGGUCCUCCGCCCCUGUGACCGAUCAGGGAAUGAUUGGAAGCUUAAGUACAUGAUGGCGGUAAUCAAAUGGCUCAUGAAUGGAAAAAUGAUUCUCAAUUAAAACUGGUUUUAUUUUCGAUGAAAUCUUUAGCUAUAUUUACUUUCUCUUUAAUUUUGUAUGAAACGUCAUAUGAUUUGCAGCUGCUUGGUGACUAUAAUAGCAGGUUGUGAAUCCAAGCAGCACGAUGGGCAGUCAAAGACACUAAGUUAAUGUUGUGAAAGAUGAUUAUAAUAUACAGAAUGACUGGGAAACAUGUAUACAUCAGUUGUUGUACAUCUGGAUCUUUAAUAACCAGAGAAAGCUCUAUGCCUUUUAAAUUGAUGAAUAUUGUCAUUCAUAAUGUUUCCCAUUUUACUUCUCAAUAAUGAAGACUGUUGAUAUACGGUGUAUAAAUGAUGUUUAGUGAAUAAUCAAAAGUAUUUGUGGAGUCAAAUUUAGAUUUUUAAAUUCUAUAUCGUAGUUAUUUCUUUAAAAUUAUGUAUAGGUUUUUGUAAGCUGUGUACAUAAAGUUUAAUCUUGUGUAUUAUGGUCAUAACUUGCUUGUUCUGAAGGUGGAAGUUUUUAGUAACUACUGUAACUAUGAUACCAUUUUCAGCGAUUUGUUUGCUGUAUAAUGUUGAAUGUUAGGCUACCUCCAAUACACUACAUGUGAUUGUAUGUGACUGAUCUGCUUUUUGUAUACACAUUCAUAAAUCACAUGUAACUGAACUUAAACAAUCACCAUAUAUCAUUGUUUUUGUUGCUCAGCACCAUCUGUAGUCCAAAGCUGAUGAGAGGAUAUUCUUUUGGUUUUGUUCUUUUUGGGCCUGUUUCUGAAGUCUCAACCUUUCCUCAACAGAUCCUCCCCUUUCCUGCCUGAAUCAUCUAAUGCAAAAGGGACACAAUAUUUUCAGUUUCUAAACAACUAAUUCCUCAAAUACCACAUUCCGAAACACACAUUAGACAAGGA